UGUGCCAUGUACCUGAAAUAUGGUGACUGCACUAGCCAUGCUACAUUCUCCACCUGCACAGAGAAGCUCACACGGUACACAACUUUACACAUUAAUAUCAUCGCCUGUAGGCCCAGAUCAAGCUUUCGAUACUGCUGUUGACAACAAGCUUUCGCUGUAAGAUUGACAUCUAAAGCCGAGAAACUUAAAACUUGAGUUCAGUGGAAGUAGCUAACCAAGAGUGAGGAGAAACCCUAUGCCGUCGACUGGCACCAAAUUUAGGCAGUAAAGUUGCGUCUUCAGGAAAGAGCGAAAGUAGUAAAUGCAGAGUUUGAAAGGAGUAAUAGUUUCCCAGCAUUGUGACGCAGACAUUCAUAGAAAGUGACAAGUCUGGAAAGAAGGGAGCAGCGAGAGAGAAUGCUUUCACGUCUGAGUGUAUGAGCGAGAGUUUCUCGUUGGACGAUGCGAUUGAAUGUGCAAGUUCGUGACAAAACUUCUCCGUAAGUAGAAACAGGAGCGCGAUCGUCAUCGCCACUGGUGCUGAGCUGAUGCCCGUGUGAUUGAAUGUGAGCAGCGCUUCCAUGAGAUUUUUCGAAGAAUUUGGGUUAAGGGAGUUUAAGUGACGAGUUGGGGGAGGGAGGAGGGAGUAGAAUGUGUGCAGGUGUAUCGGGUCAUGAAGAAAGAAGCAGCAAUUUGUAUUCGGGAAGUGUGGAGUUGGAUUGCGGAAGGUAUCCAUCAUUGGUUGGGGAAUCAGGUACUGUUUGUGGAAAAGGUUGUUGGGUGGCUGAAAUCGGAGCUGCGGAAGUAUUGCACAGUUUUGAGGAUUGCACGGUUGAUCAUCUCCUUCAGCUCGCUAGUAAGGACUUCUGUAUCUUUUUCUAGGCCCUGAGUAUUAGUGCGGUCAAUGACAUUUUCCUCAGCGUUUCCUUGAUUUUCAUUCGCUUUAAAUUGGUCGAGGCGAUCAAUGCUAGGACAAACUCACAACCAAGAAAGAUGGUUUUCUAAUGCGCACAUGUUUGAAGAAAUCGGGAAUCAGACGACAUGGACUCUUAAGUGGCUUAUUGCUUAAGCGAGGAAAUCACAGUGAGACAUGAACUCUGGUUGAAAUUCAUCACUCAUUGGGACGGAUUGUGGUAGCGAAUGAGCUCCUAGAGGACGAGGCAAUGUUUAACAUGCUUCCGAAUAUUGCAAAUGGAGGAGGAGUUUUGGGGAUUGUCCGGAUUAAGCUCCAGGAUAUCUUGCCAGAAGAUGGUGCAGCCUCUGCAGCGUACACUCGUGCGGUGGAGAAGUUAUCACUUUCCUUAGCUCGAAACAAUGCAGCAAUAAUUCAACUGAGUUCGGAAGAUGCAGCACUUGUACGCUGUGGUCUUGAAUCUGCAAAACUUUACUUUCGAAGCAGGUGUCGUAACGCGUCUUUAUGGAACUCGUCGGUUUGGCUCAAACUCUCGGGAUACUUGGCUGCUCCUGCAAGGGACAUGUACUUCUAUCGGGCAGGGAGAACUUUAGAAGGCGAAGAGACAGAGCCACCACCUCCGUGUAUUCCCGAGGUUUUCAAAUGUUUAGGGAAAGCCUCUCGUGCUUCUUUGAGUGGAAUUGCCCGUCAUCUUCGACUUCCUGGAGAGUAAGUGAUAUUUUGUAAUGACCUUGCAUAUCCACAUAGUUACGGUAACAGCUGUAGCGCAUCGUAGGUCUGAGAAAGUUACAGCGACCCCGAUGUUAUUAAGCAAUCGUUGAUAGUAAUUGAUGAAGUAAAUAUUGUUUAAAUCCUAAGAAAAUGUAAUACAUUACAUAUUAGUGCCACGGUGUUAUAAA